GAUAUAUUGGGCGAAUAUUAUCCACAGCUACUCGAAAAACUGCAGGUAUAGAAAUUGGGUUACUACAUUGACUAUUUGAAAAUUAGAAUGAUAAACUCCCGCGCAUUGUCAUUCUACCGCUACUAGCUUAUAACCCGGCCCCUUGGUCGGAAUAUUCAUAUUUGAUUAUUUAUAUUUUCAUGAUACGUUUAAGUCUAUCAACCCGUUUAAUUUUAUUGACAAUCCUUCGAUCGAGAUUAUACAUUUGGAACAAAAUUAGACACUCCUUUUCUAUCAGUUCCAGUAGGUUGAAUAAAGAAUUGACCGACCUACUUUAGUAAAUCAAUCGAUGAUUCCUCAUUUUAAGAUAGAAUUAGGUUGCAAUAGGUUCAAAAACCAUAAACCUAAAGAUCCAAUAGCCACCACUCUCCGUUGUACAAUAAAAAUUUAUCCACUCUACCAUCAAUCUCAAGAGGCGUAUGUUUCAACCAAAAAUUCAAUUUGUAAUCCUCCUUAUGCACCUCCAUUUAUUGAACUCCAUUUUAUUCGACAUGGAUUGAAAUCGGAGUUGAAAUCUUUAACUUGCCCAGUUUAGAUCCCCAAGAAUAAAAUCGUAGUGCCAAGAGAUCGUAAGAUUGAUUUUCAAAGGCGGCCUUGUACUGUGACGUGAAGGGGACACACGAUGGAGGGAAUUUCAGAGGAAGUUAGAAAGAGAUAAAAACAAAGAUAAAAAAGUAAAAAUUUUAAUAUAAAUUGAAAAAUGCAUUGACGCAACACAUAGUAAUAGAAUUAGUUUCUUCCAUGUUGGCCAAUUACAAAUCUACCUUUAGCGAAAACUAAGGAGAGAGUAGUGAUUUUAGAAUUGAGAAACUACAUGAAACUCUACUAUGAAAAUUGAAGUAUCAAGUACCAUAAAAAUACAUACGGUAGACUUAGUGGCUGGCUAAUCACGAUGAAAAAGUCUUCUGAUUUUCAGAGUAUCACUUCGUGUAUGUUUCAUAUUAAAAAAGAUACAAAAAGUUUGUUUAGUGUAAUUGGUUGUGAUUGUUGUUUUUAUUUGAAGAGACCCGAGUUCAAAUCCUAAUAUUGACUUUUUUUAUAUGAAAUAAUUAGUUAAUUGUAAAGACAAAAAUGCCCUUCCUACUUUCACUCUCGUUGCAGUAAGUUUGAAAUAGAGAAAAGUAGACAAAACUCUACUAUAUAUUAUUGGAGGAAGGAAGUGAAAUAGCCCGUGGUUGAAAAAACAUAAGUAAUUAAAAUUUUAUUUAAACAUGGUAAUUGGUAUCCUGUUAUGGGUUUAGGGCUAACGAAACUCCAAACCAUAGCCCGGGGUUGAAACGCUAGAAGCCCAUUACCUGUCGCUCUACUGCGGAAAACGGGCCUGUGCUUGAAUGGGCUCUCUAUGAUAUUCUCGACCCGCAAAUAACUUUGUCGACUCUUCGAUCCAGAGAGCUGGUCAGCCAAAUCCUUGCUGGCCCAUUCAUCCAAGCUGGAUCAAAUCUUUCCAGCCAUGAAAGUAACUAAUCUGUUGUCUAGGACUGGUAGGGCACCAUCCCCAUCUGCAACUGCAACUGCAACUGCAAGCACACCAACUGUUCGAAGAAAUUCCCAUUAGAGUCCCGCCGAACAGAAACCCGAUCUGACACCCUGAAACCAUGAUUCCGAAGCCGAUUCGCCCCUUGGUGACCACCGCCGCUUUCGUUUUCGGCGGAUUGGUGGCUGUUAACGUGGCUUCCACCCUCGCCGUCAACGCUCUCCGCCACGCCGCCGAACUCAAACGGAAAAAAGUUGCUUUGCCAUGUGGGGUUUGCCGAGGGAAAGGGUUCUACAUCUGCAAACUGUGCAAUGGAAAUGCGACCCUAGAAUGGUCGCCACUGUUCGACCCAGUCGCCAUGAACCCUUGCCUCUGCCCUACCUGCGACGGCAACAGAGUCCAGCGAUGUUUGAACUGUCUUGGAAACGGCUACAGUUAAUUUGCCACCACUCUGCCAGAAAGGUUAGGAACAGCAGACUGAGACUGCCAUGUUGGCCUAGGGCCAGAAGAUGGGUUCUGUGGCUUUGAAUUUGGGUAGUACAUGAUUUAGUGAUGAGUGGGAUUUUAUUAGCUAGAUCUAAUCAAUUAUCAAUGAUUCCAUGGUGUUUAUGCAACAAACUUAGAGUUGCUCCAAAUCAACCAACCAUCAUACAAUUAUUGAUUUGGGGGUCCUGCUGGAAACCUCAAUAAUUUGUAUUUAUUCAGUCAUGUGAGUUAUUGAUAAAAGUUGCAUGGCAAUGAUCAUAGGCCAGAUGACAAAACUCACAAAUGGGGAAUUUAUAUCCUUGUUUUCAUGAUCCAAAUGCAGCAAUCAUGUGAGGGUGUGUGCCACUAGUUUCUAUGUGGUGUAAAGUAGCUCCCUAUUAUAUUAAUUCGGUUAGCAUGUUGAUUAGGUUGGAGUCGGUUCGAGUUGACAUUUUACGGAUCGUGUAAUAUGCAAUCUAAGUCGUUAGCGGCACAUGGUAGUUUUUUUAUAUUCAGAAAUAUCAUGGAAUGCUUUCAAAGAUUGAAAUCACAUGAUUGUUCGAUCCAAUUAUAUCAACUUCAUCUUAUCGCAAACUUGUAAGCCCGACUACCAUUUUGAUGAGGUCAUGGUCAAUAGUGGCGACCCAGAAUUGUUGAAGAGGGGUGUCGCCUAAUGAAAGAGUAUCAACUAUAAUUAUUAAAGUGGUGUCGAAAGUCUCGUAUUAAAUUUUUUUGUACAAAAAAAUAUAGGUCCUUAACAAAAUUUUCAGGCGAAAAGGUGUCGGACGACACCCCUCGCUAACAAGUAGGUCCGCCCCUGAUGGUCAACAAUCUCACUCAUUACUAAUAAGUGCUCGUGUUAUUUACUAAAAUAACAUCAUGUGCAUCCAAUUCGUAUGAGUCAUUGUUCAAAAUUAUGUGCCUAAAGGUUUUGUAGCGAUUCGAAAUCGAGAACAUGACAACAGAGUAAGGGACACCUAGGUAUUGCAUACGCGUAACUAGGUGGAGCUAGACGAUCAAUAUCAAAUGAGAUAAAUUAGCAUCAUCUACAAUUCAAUCCUCUCUCUCAGUCUUUUCAAUAGCCCAUGAACUUUGUGACCAUGUUAAGCUACGAUUCUAUUAACAUAUGAGCAUUUUUCUUGCUGGUAAGUGUUAAGUAAGUUAUUAAUCAUUUGAAUGUAAGUGCGGAGAUAUUCUAAACCGUUAAGCUUGUUUCCAUCGCCUAAAUGACUCCUAUGUUUCAAAAAAAAAAAAAAAAAAAAAACUUAAAUGACUCCUAAACAAAAUAAGCUCUAUACAAGAUCCCAAAACCCACGUUACAGCUAGCGCCUUCUUGAAUUUUUUAUGGCCACAAAAAUCGUCGCAAUCCAAUAAGUAUUUCAUCCUAUGGUAUGGUGACCCUAGUCCCCGUCGGAACCUAGCAGAAUUCCUUUUAUCCGUUGAGUUGGAUCGACAGAUGGAAUUGUGAACCAUGUGAGAGCUAUGACAAGGCAGUUGCAAUUGGGCAACUGCUAUCUGGAUGCAACCAAUCAUCAAAAACCCUACCCUAAGUCUGCUCAUCAUCACUUCACAGCACACAAAAAAAACACACUGGCACCAGAAACCACUCUGUCUCUCCCUGUCAUAAGUCAUAACUUCUGUUGUCCCACCUCCCUCCAUUGACAGAAAAGAAGAGCACAUGAAGAGCACAUUCCCCACCUUCAUGAUUUCUGCCUACAACAACACGACACCUCCGAAGUGUGCUCCAUGUUCCAUGGGAAUUGAAGUUAAACAAAUAAGUGAAAUCAAA